AUGCCCGCUCGACUCCGCCUUGUUGAGGCAGAUGUCGAGCUUUCUAGCCGUGGAACGUCCUCUGCUGGGCAGCCCAAAAGCAUGGCCCCAGAUAGAGGCUCUUUGGAGCCAGGAGAUCGCUCUCAAGCCGGUGACGACCAAGAGGACCAAGACAUGACCGAAGACACCGCUAGCAAUGACUCUGACAAUGACGAGCCCGAUGCCUCUCUCCUUCAACGCGAUGAUGCCCAAAAGUUCCUCGCCGAACAAGCCGAGCAAGGGCAGAAUUUCACCAUCCGUGGUGUUCUCGUCGGCCUUGCUAUCGGCGUCAUCAUCUGUUUCUCCAACAUGUACUUCGGUCUCCAGACCGGGUGGGUAUCCGGGAUGGCCAUGCCCGCUGCACUGAUCGGCUUUGGCUUCUUCAAGACAGUAGCUCGAUGCAUCGACUAUCCAUUCACCUCCGUUGAGAAUGUACUGGUUCAAACGGUUGCAGGAGCGUUAGGAACCAUGCCGCUGGGUUGUGGAUUUGUGGGUGUGAUGCCCGCGCUCAAUUACCUGUUGACGCCAGAGGAGAAUGGACCGCUAGUCCUGAGUACUGGAAAGUUGAUAGUCUGGUCGCUCGGGAUAUGCUUCUUUGGUGUGGUGUUUGCGGUGCCGUUGCGGAGAGAGGUUAUCAUACGGGAGAAGCUGAAGUUUCCGUCAGGAACGGCUACUGCGCUGAUGAUUGGGGUGUUGCAUGGGAAUACAGAUGAAGAUAGCAAGAAGAAGUCCGAUAGUGGGUUGGAGAUAUUUAGGCAAAGGAGUCAAGACAUCCGACGUUCGUCGAGCAUGGACGGCAUCCCUGCAGGGAGCGGUAGUGGAAACGUACAAGUCGCGUCUAGAGAUUACACUGAGGUUCAGUCUUCCGGGGAAGAGGAUCAUAGGGACGAUUGGAAAGCGAAGAUUAGGUUGUUGAUCUAUGCCUUCAUCAUAUCUGCUAUCUAUACUCUCGCAUCAUACUUCAUUCCUCACUUACGAGGUCUUCCAGUCUUCGGACUUCCUCUCGCAAACAAUUGGUUAUGGACACUGAAUCCCUCGCCUGCAUAUAUCGGUCAAGGUAUCAUCAUGGGGCCUGCAACAACCUUGCACAUGCUCCUAGGCGCCAUAGUCGGUUGGGGUGUCUUUUCCCCACUCGCGAAGAGCAAAGGAUGGGCGCCAGGACCUGUUGAAGACUGGAACUCUGGAAGCAAAGGCUGGAUUGUCUGGGUGUCGCUAGCAAUUAUGUUGGCGGAUUCUGUUGUCAGUCUUGGCUGGCUAAUCCUUCGACCUUUGAUCCUCUACGCACCAUCCUACUUUGAUACCCUAAGAGAACGCUACCGCCGAGGUCAUCUAUCCUCCCUAAAGAGAGGCGACUACAGAGCCCUCGCUCCUUCAUCAACAUCAGAUUCCAAGACCGUGCAAAAUAAAGAAGCCGCCGAGCCUGAUGCUCCAGCCCACCAUCUCGUCUCGAACAAAACGGUUUUCAUCCUCCUCAUCCUCUCCAUCAUAUUCUGCAUCUUCGCCAUCCGCUACGUUUUCCCUCCUAUUCCCUUUGGUGCCAUUAUUCUCUCCAUCGUCCUCGCUCUAUUACUCUCUCUCAUGGGCGUACGUGCAUUGGGGGAAACAGACCUCAAUCCUGUCUCUGGCAUUAGCAAACUUACCCAACUUUUCUUCGCGCUCGUCAUUCCCGCUUCCAAUCCUAAUGCCAUCACCAUUAACCUCCUCGCUGGCGCCAUUAGCGAAUCAGGAGCAUUGCAAGCGGGCGAUAUGAUGCAAGAUCUCAAAACCGGUCACUUGCUAGGUGCUGCACCACGAGCACAGUUCUGGGGGCAGAUAAUUGGAAGUUUUGCGGGUGCCAUUAUCAGCGCCGGAGUCUAUAAACUGUAUACCAGUGUCUAUGAGGUGCCCGGCGGGAUGUUCCAAGUGCCGACUGCAUACGUUUGGAUCUUUACAGCGAGGCUGGUCACCGGUAAGGGCUUGCCCUAUAUGGCCUGGCAAUGGGCUCUGGGAGCUGGGCUCCUUUUCGUGGCGUUGACGGCAGCGAGGGUGAGAGGCCAAGGAAAUUGGUGGCAAGCUUGGGUACCUGGCGGUAUUGCUGUCGCAGUUGGUAUGUAUAAUGUACCCUCAUUCACCUUGGCCCGCACAAUCGGCGGUCUUGUGAACUGGUACUGGCGCAUUUAUCGAGGGCGUGAGGAUACGCCUGUGAUUGUGCUAGCUAGCGGACUUAUUUUAGGAGAAGGCGUUGUGAGUAUUGUGAACCUGCUGCUGGCGAGCUUGCAGGUACCGCAUUUGUGA